AUGGUAAAUACGUCGUGUGCUCGAUGGCCUAGGGAAGAGAAAUGCGAGAACGAUGGGGAAAGUGGUCUGAAGAAGUUCCGCUUCUACCUGGAUAGGAAAGACUGGACCCUGGAAAAGGAAUACAAGCAGGAAGGAAUCACUAUCAAAUCUACAUACGAUGAAGAAGCGAAGGCGUAUUUCAUCCUCACACAGACUGUGCUGGAUUUCGAGUUCGAAUCCCUUUUCAUAGAACUGCGAGACCACACCUUAAAAGCCACUCCCGAAUGGUUUUCUGCUUGCAAGAAACUCACCAUCGUUAAGGCUCCGCUGGAUUUCGAGUACGAUUUGCUUUUGAUAGAAAUGCGGGACCACACCUUAGAAGCCACUCCCGACUGGUUUUCUGCUUGCAAGAAAUUCACGAUCGUCAAGAGCGAGCCACGUUCGAAGAAGCGCAUAAUGAUUUCAAAGACAGGAGACAGAAAUGAAUUCGAUACGAGAUCGUUUCGCAACGAUGACGCUCGACUCCUCGUCCGACAGCGACUGACGGAUGUGUGCUGGGUGGUGCACGAGGUAUUGGAGCCGCAGCUCGGGGGCAUCGUCGCUGGCAGGGACGUCGUCUUCCACAGCCACGUGCGGAAGGACAAGGAGGCAUGCUUCAUCUCCCUGUGCAGCACGGAGUGGCCGGGGCUGGAAUCUAAGGAAAACGUCAGGGCGGAGAUCGUGAAAGGCAGCGGCCAGGUAUUCUCGCCCGACCCCGAUCUCGUGACCCGGACUUACCUACGCUGGGUCAUGUCUGUUGACUACAAGAUCCCUGUCGUACCGGUGAGGCUCCUUAUGCCGUUCCACAUUGAGACGGCGAGGCAGUAUGUCGUGGGUUUGAAGAAGUACCUGGCGGUCAGGCGACAUUACCACUCAGAGACGGUGCCGGAAUGAGCCCGUAAGGAGCGAAUUCCUUAGUUUGUGGUCGACUGGCGAUGCUAUGUG